UUAACUCAACUCAGUAGAAGGAAACAUAAUAAAACCCACUCUCCCCAUUCUCCGUCUCUCACCCACAGUGAGAUAUUUUAUCGAACACUUGGAGUGCUCGGAGUGCUCUCUCUCACUCACACGCGCGCACAGAUACAUACGCACACUCUCUAUCCCGAGCCAUUUCAUCGAACACGUAGCGUGCACUGGUUGGGAAAAAUUCAGAUGAUGAAGACGAGAGCUGCGUCCCUCUCCUUCGCCGAGCGAUGCCGAAAUAUUUUGGCUGCGAAUUGGCGAGCUCAUCUCAACACCAUCAAAGCCGACGCUAAGGGGAGCAAGGAUGAGAUUUACACAUCGAAGGUUCACUACGCGUUUCACAAAGGAAGGCCAUAUCUAUGGAUCGGAGAAGGGGAUUUGCAUAACAUGAAUACAAUUAUCGACGAGCGCGGUUCUCUUUCCAUUUGCACUCCGAUCCCCGGCCCGCUCAUGGGCUUACUCAAAUCCAUAAGAAAGUUGCCGGCUCGGGUUGCUCUGUCAGGUGAUGUUGUACGCUUGAAAGAUAAAAAGGUCCAGGCUGUUGUCGAUAGUAUAAAGGAAUCUAUAUUAUUAGAACAGAAAACAGCUAGCCAAGCCAGUUAUACAUCUUCUGCUGUUCUGAGUUCUGCCGAUAUCAGUUGCAGAUCGAGGAGCGAAAUCUUCCAGGAGAUAUUAAAUGAGAGUGACUCCUACAAUAUUUAUAAGUUCGAUAUUGGUUCAUGCACUUAUAUCGAUGGUCGUGGGGGCAUCCAUGAUGUCGAACUGGACAAUUUUGAAGCACCUACAGCCGAUUUAUUGUUGCCAUUCUCUGGAAAGCUGAUUGAUGGAAUCAACCAGAGUCAGACGCGACGGAGAGCAUUGAUGCUGUUCUGCUUCGAAUAUCAUAAUGUGUCUCCACGAGACGCAUUGAUGCUCUCUGUCGACCGUAAGGGAUUCAACGUUCUUGCGAAGGUCCCUGAAACAGUGGCCGGCGGCGGAGGCGCUCAACAGUAUCAAUGGAAAGAGUUCAGGUUCUCGUUUAAGGAAGAAGCAAAAGAUGUCGAAGCUUUUUGCCAGAUGCUGGUAGAGCUAGAAGAGGAAGCUCUUCAACAUGUCAAUAGUUACAGCGGGCUUGGCUGAGCAGCAGUGACAACAUUUUUCACGGUUCUUGUCUUAGAGAGAACAAAAUUAUGAGAUGGGAUCAAAGAUCAAGUCGAAAACAUAAAAGCAACACUAGCGACUAUCAGAAACCUAGAGCGUCGCCACUCAAGUUUGGAAAUGCAUCGUCCAAACAUC